UUCACGGUAGGACCGUGAUUUCCGGUUUCGCCCCUUCAUUUCAGUCUCUCCGGGUAGAACGUUCCAGCCAGACCAGGGCCUCCCUUUUCCGGCCAAAGCCCAACCAAACCCUCGCCUCGCCUCGCCUCGCCACCGCCACCAUGGCCGACGGCGGCGCUUCCCUAUCCACCGCGGGCCACGGCGGGGUGGACCGCUUCAGCGCCCUCCACGACGACCUCCUCCGGCACAUCAUCACCCUCCUCCCCAUCAGGUAUGCCGCCCGCACCGCCGUCCUCGCUUCCCGCUGGCGCUACCUCUGGCGCUCCAACCGGCUCGUCCUCAUGGAUGCCGACAUCCCCGAGCCCGCGCACGACGCCGUAGUCCCCCGAGUCCUCGCCGACCACCUGGGCCACUUCCGCGACGUCAUUCUCUACGACUGCAGGCUCGCCUCGCUGGACCGUGCGCUCCCCGGCUGGCCGCGACUCCUCGCCGUCAAGCGCACGGAGAGACUCGCUCUCGGCAACAGAUUCAACCGGAGCGAGCCCAGCUCUGUGCGCCUCCUUCCCGCCGGCAUCCUCCGCUGCGACUCGCUCCAGCAGCUCCACCUGGACUACUGGACGUUCCCCAGCGGCGCCGAGGUCCUUCUUCCCCACCUCCGGGCUCUCACCUUGACAAGGAUUGUCAUAAGCGACCCGGACCUGGAGUGCUUGAUCGCUGCCUGCCCCGUUCUCAAGUCCCUUGGGCUCUUCGUCAACAGCUCCAAGCACGUCCGUCUCCGCAGCAAAAGCCUGAUCGGGUGCACGCUCGUUGGGCCGUCCAGGGUGGAGGAGUUCACCGUGACCAUGGUGGACACGCCGCUCCUGGAGCGGUUCCACUUGUUUCAGUUGCUUAAUGGUGUGGAGAUCAGGAUCACUCGUGCUCCCAACCUGAGGGUGCUGGGCUACCUGGAUACAAGAGUUCACAAGCUGCAGACUGGCAACAGUGUCAUCGCGUCAGACACAAUGGUGAGGGCAAGCACUGUGGUUCCAAGCGUCAACAUAUUGGGGCUGACUGUGAAUUUUGGUGUCUUUGCGGAGGUCAAGAUGCUGGUCAGCUUCCUCAGAUACUUCACCGACGUUGUCACACUGCACAUUGAGUCUGCACUGCAUGAUCCAUCUGUAACUGCCGAUGAACCCAGUGGGGAGAAUCAUGCCAAGUUCUGGCAGGAGACCAGGCCUGUCUGUUGCUUGAGGUCACAUGUCAAGAAGAUGGUUAUUCACGAUUUCCGAGGGGAUCAAAAUGAAUUUGAAUUCCUCAAGUUCGUUGCCAUGAAUGCCCAGGAGCUGCAGUCCUUACUGGUCGUGUUGCAGGAAGGAAUCUUUUCUUCAGCUGACAAGGUGACUGAGAUAAAAGACGAAUUGCAGUGUCUACAGUUCCCAACAGGUAUCUCUGCAGUGCUACAGGUGUCACCUGAAGCAGGUACUGCUUUGCGCUGGGAGAAAUCAUUCGAUCUUACAGUUGAUGACCCUUUUGACUGCUGAAUCCAUGGUUAUUUCGCUGUGUGUUUACAUGAUUGAUCCGUGCCUUUUGAGGAAUCGCUGACUGUUCCUGUAAGACUUGCAGUUCAGUUUGUAGGCAUGCUUUCUCUUGAGAUAUGCAUAUGCCUGAAUUUUUCUGCUACCAUGAGUAUAUGUAAGAAUUGAAGAUUGCAGAAGUACUACGUGAGAGAACACUGGUAUUUUCAUGUAUCUGUAAUAUUGACAGCAACGUGCUCCUGAAAUCUGAAUAUAGUAUGUAGGAAUUGAAGCGAGCAGAAGUACUUGAUAGACUAGUGUUAUUUUCAUGUAUCUGUCUCGAUAUGACACUAUGACAGCAAUGUGCUUCUGGAUAUAGUGCGCCUGUUUUUUAGCAUGUCUAUGGUUUCAUUUUGUUAGCAUUGGUGAUGUAGAAUGUCACCUCUGUCAGUUUCGUUAACUAUCAUUUGAUGGUCAGAGUAUACUGAGCUUGGUUGGCCAGGAUCCGGAUUUGUUCCUUUCGGAAUGUAAGCACUUUCACAUCAGAGUAUAUGUAGUUCUGUUUGUGAUCU